AUGAAGGUGUGCGUGGUGGGAGCUGGGGUCGUCGGUUUAACGACCGCCCUGGAGCUACAGCGCGAGCUGCGGAACGCCAAUGUCACCGUGUUGGCCGAUCGAUUCGAGCAGGAUACUUGCAGCGACGUAGCUGCCGGCCUGUUUCGGCCGAGCUCCAGUUUUUCCGGCCCGACUGAGGAAAUCACCAGAAAAUGGAUUUCAGACGCCUACAGCUACUGGGACGAACUUCGCAAGACAGAACAUUCCGCCCGGGCCGGAGUGUGCCAGCUGUCGGGGUACAUUUUCUCCAGCCGCGAUCCGGCCAUCGUUCGGAAUUACUACAUCGAAAAGGUUGUGCCGCUGUACCGUGCGGCCACCGAGCAGGAGCUGGGCCUCUGCCCCGGCGAGUGGAAGUAUGGCUCAUUUUUCACCACGAUUCUCACCGAGUGUCGCCGUUUCCAGCCAUGGGCUGCCGAUAGGUUUCUCGAAAACGGCGGACAAAUUGUUACCCAGAGGUUGGAGAGCCUUCGGGAGCUGCAGGGAAGGUUCGACGUAGUCGUGAACUGUACCGGACUGGAAGCGAAACGGUUGUGCAACGAUCAAAAACUGGUGCCCAUUCGGGGGCAGAUCAUCAAGGUGCGCGCUUCAUGGGUGAAGACAUUUUUCUACGCCGAUUUCGAUACGUACAUCAUACCGGGCUUCGAAGGCGUAUCGCUCGGUGGCUGUCGUAACUACGAUAGCUACAACACGGAUGUCUCCCGGCACGAUUCUUCUGCGAUCCGGGAGCGCUGUGAAGCUUUACUGCCGAGCUUGCGAGGAUCGCAGGUUAUCCGUGAAUCGGUUGGACUACGACCGCACCGCGAUCCUGUUCGAGUUGAAUUAGAACUACUCCCAACCGCCAAGGGUAAUCUGCGCGUCGUGCAUAAUUACGGACACGGUGGAUACGGAGUAACGACCGCACCGGGGACGGCAAAAUAUGCAACCCAAUUAGUGAAGGAUGCGCUUAAUAGCAACAGUAAACUGUAA